AUGGAUGAGUUGAAGGACCGUAUCCGUGGACUGGCGGCCAGCACACACGGACCGGAAGUGAUCGAAGGCGGGAGCAGCUUCGCCGGCCUUUUCCAGAUGGGUGGCGACUCUGGCCCGGUGCUGGUGGCAAGUACCGACGGCGUGGGCACCAAGCUCAAAAUUGCAGCGCAACUGGGGCACUUCGAAUCAAUAGGUCGCGACCUGGUGACCCUCAACGUUAACGACAUUCUCACCAAGGGUGCGCGGCCUCUGUUCUUCCUCGAUUACGUCGCGUUCAGCGACGUGGACUCACAAUCCCUCGAUUCGCUGAUGAGAGGCAUCGCCUGGGGAUGUCGCGAGGCGCAGUGCGCCCUGAUCGGCGGCGAAACAGCCCAGAUGCCCGGUGUGUACGCAGAUGGCGAAAUGGACCUGGCAGGGUUCGUAGUGGGCGUCGUCAAGCGUGAAAACCUGCUUGAGCCGGGCCGGGUGCGGGAGGGAGACCAGCUGCUCGGCAUUAGGUCCAGUGGCCUGCACACCAAUGGGUACUCGCUGGUCCGCAGUGUGUUUAACACCGACGACGAUCCAGCAGCACUGUUCCGACAGUACGAUGGGAUGAGCCACCAGCUUGGCGAAGAGCUCCUGCAGUACCACCGCAGCUAUUACCCUAUGUUGGCUCCCGCCCUGGGGCUGCUCAGCGGCCUGGCCCACAUCACGGGUGGCGGACUACCCGGCAAGCUCCCGGCGGUCCUGCCCGACGACCUCGCCGCCACCAUCAGUGUUGGCUCGUGGACACCGCCACCGAUUUUCGCACUGUUGCAGCGAGAGGGCGGGAUCUCCGAUGACGAGAUGUUCCGAGUGUUCAACAUGGGCCUGGGAAUGGUGGCCGUAUGCCCUGAGUCCAACGUUACCUCAUUCCGUGAACUGAUUCCCGAAGCAUUCCCGGUAGGGCAGGUAGUCCGCUGGGAAUCCGGCGACCAGGUUAUUCUAGCCUGA